AACUUAAUCCGAUACUCAUAAUUCAAAAUGAAAUAUUUUUAUUUCCACUGAAGCGAAGUUCAUUCUAAUAAUUUUAUUUCUAUUAAACCGGAGUUCAGUUAAAAUGAAUCCUUUAACAAACGUAAAAAAUAUAAAAAAGCUUGGAGAACAAGAAUUAGUAAGUAAUAGGAGUACGUCUUGGCAUGAUCAAUAUGGAGAUAGUGCUUGGAUCUUUAUCGGUGGAUUACCAUAUGAUUUAACAGAAGGUGAUGUUAUAACAGUAUUUUCUCAAUAUGGAGAAGUAGUAAAUAUAAAUUUAAUACGGGAUAAAAAUACAGGAAAACAGAAAGGAUAUGGUUUUUUAUGCUAUGAAAAUCAAAAAAGUACAGUAUUAGCUGUUGAUAACUUAAAUGGUAUUAAGAUUUUAGGCAGAACAAUAAGAGUUGAUCAUGUAGCAAAUUAUAAAGCACCGAAAGAUUCAAAAAAUGUUGACGAAGAGACUAAACGGUUAAGAAAAGAAGGUUGUGCUCCAAAAAAUAUAUAGUAAAAAUUGUGAUAAUUGGUAUAUCAAUAUUAGAUUGCUGUUAUUUAUGCAUUGACACUAAAUGGAAAUGUGCAAAAAUGAACAAGACAAUGAGUAUAAAUGUACAAAUAUAU